UAAAAGGCGUGUAAAAUGGAUUGGUGACGCUUUCAAGGCUUACCAAAGCAUCUCUGCUAAAUUAAGGGAUAGACAUUGCUUACGUUGAAGCAAAGAAAUAUGCAAAUAUAGGAAGGAUUCUUCACAAUCCCCUUCGUUUUACCCUUUCCGAUCAUAGCCAGAAAUCAUUGUUAAGCAACACACCACUGCUGUCGACCACUUCACUCAAUUCCUCUGCUAUUUAAGCUCCACCAUCUUCAUUCCUCUUUGCAAUUCUCUUUCUGCAUUCCUUCAAAAUUCCUAAAAUUAUCCUUUUAAAUAGGCCACUCAAUGGGUACAAGAAGUGAUCUUGGUGUUCUCAUGCUUGGGCUUCUAGUUGGAUUUUGUCUUGUGUUUCGAUGCUCUGCUACUUUGUGGGAUACAAAUGCAUUGCUGGUUGUAAAUGGGUCAAUAAGGAAGAUGCCCGAAACCCUCUUUGGUGUUUUCUUUGAGGAGAUCAACCAUGCUGGUGCAGGUGGGCUGUGGGCGGAACUAGUAAGCAACAGAGGCUUUGAAUCGGGAGGACAUCAUUCUCCAUCAAUUAUUGAUCCAUGGUCAAUAAUUGGGAAUGACUCAUUGAUAAAGGUAUCAACAGAAGCUUCCUCAUGCUUCAAGAGAAAUCCCAUGGCACUUCGGAUGGAGGUGGUUUGUGACGGUGAUUGUCCGCUCGGUGGUGUUGGUAUAUAUAACCCUGGCUACUGGGGAAUGAAUAUUGAAAAGGGGAAGACCUACAAUUUAGUUUUCUAUAUUCGAUCUUUGGGAUCGGUAAACAUGUCUUUGUCACUGACUGAUUCCACUGGCAUGCAACCACUAGCUACUACAAACAUCAUAAAAAAUGAUGUAUCAAAUUGGACAAAGAUUGUAACGAAAUUGGAAGCAAAAGGAAGCAAUAGUAAUGGUAGAUUAGAGUUGAAGACUGACAAAAAGGGAGUCAUAUGGUUUGAUCAAGUUUCAUUAAUGCCCACCGAUACGUACAAGGGUCAUGGGUUUCGAAAUGAUCUGUUUAAGAUGGUUGCAGAUAUGAAGCCUGCAUUUAUCAGAUUUCCAGGUGGAUGCUUUGUUGAAGGAGAGUAUCUAAGGAACGCGUUUAGGUGGAAAGAAACUGUUGGAGCAUGGGAGGAGAGACCCGGUCACUUCGGUGACGUAUGGUUUUACUGGACUGAUGAUGGCCUUGGUCACUAUGAGUUCUUCCAGUUGGCUGAGGAUUUAGGUGCAGCACCAAUUUGGGUAUUCAACAAUGGAAUCAGUCAUCAGGAGUCCGUUGAUCCCGCUAUCAUCAUGCCUUUUGUGCAAGAAGCCCUUGAUGGGAUAGAGUUUGCUAGAGGUGAUUCCAAUUCGACAUGGGGAUCUGUUAGAGCCGCUAUGGGCCACCCAGAUCCGUUCGACUUGAAAUAUGUUGCUAUUGGGAAUGAGGACUGUGGCAAGAAAUAUUACCGUGAAAAUUACCUCCAGUUUUAUGCUGCAAUAAGAAAAGCUUACCCAGACAUCAAAAUGAUCUCUAACUGCGAUGGAUCACGUGUAAAAUUGGAUCAUCCAGCAGACAUGUACGAUUUUCAUAUUUACAGUGAUGCAAGAACUGUAUUUUCUAUGGCUAAUACCUUCGAUCGUACAUCACGUGUUGGUCCAAAGGCUUUUGUGAGCGAGUACGCGGUGACUGGAGAUGACGCUGGUUUAGGAAGUCUUUUAGCAUCACUUGCUGAAGCUGGAUUCUUAAUUGGCUUGGAAAAGAACAGUGAUAUUGUUGAAAUGGCUAGUUAUGCACCUUUGUUUGUGAACACUAAUGACAAGCGGUGGAAGCCAGAUGCAAUCGUUUUUGAUUCUUCACAAUCAUACGGGACACCAAGUUAUUGGAUGCAACACUUCUUUAAGGACUCGAACGGUGCAACUCUUCUUAAUUCGACGCUUCAAGCCAAUGCAUCAAAUACACUUGCGGCUUCUGCUAUUGUGUUCCAAGAUCCCCUUUCUAAGAAAAACAACCUGAGAAUCAAGGCUGUAAACUUUGGGAGCAGCACAGUUAGUUUAAAGAUAUUGAUUGAUGGGUUGGAUCCUAACUUACUAGACACUUCUGGAACACAAACUGUUCUCACUUCAGCAAACGUCAAAGACGAAAAUUCAUUUGCAAAUCCGAAAAAGAUUAUACCGGUUACAAGCCUAGUUGAGAAAGCGGGAAGGAAUAUGGAUGUGGUUCUUCUUCCACAUUCUUUAACUUGUUUUGACGUAUUAAUGAAAUCGGGUAUUGCAGAGAUCACAAGUACAACUGAAGACAAGUCCUAUAUUUCCUCGAUGUAACUAUGUAUUCGUUUUCGUAUUAAUAAAUCGAGCCAGGUGGUCAAACCCUAGCCAUAAAUAAAGCUUUUUUUUUUUUUUUUUCUCCAUGCUAUUUUCCGGUUUUUUACAAGUAUGUGAGACAUAGGUUCUUACAUUCCACAACAAACUCAAAUGCAUCCCUUACAAUCCCAACUUAGCUAUUGGCGGUGUCUUGCUACUU